AUGCUGCGCGUGCUCGAGGCCAACGCGCCGCCCCGGCAGACGGCGGCCGACACCAUCAGCACGCUCAGCAGCCGCCUGGCCAGCGCGACGCUGCUCGAGGACCGCCGCGCCGCCCUGCUCGGCCUGCGCAGCUUCGCCAAAGACUACCCGGCCUCGGUCGCCUCGGGCGCCCUGCGCGGCCUGAUCGCGUCGCUCGCCAACGACGCCGACGAUGUCGACACGCUCAAGGUGGUGCUCGAGACGCUGCUGGCCCUCUUCCACCCGCACCCUGACAGCCCGGAGACGGCCGACGAGAUCCACAUGUGGCUGGCCGACGAGUUCACCAUGCGCCAGGACAACGCGACCCUGCUGCUCGACCUGCUCGACACGCCCGACCUCUACUCCCGCCUGUAUCCGCUGCAGCUGCUGCGCGCCUGCGCCGAUGCGCGCCCCGACCGCACCCGCGAAUGCAUCCAGACGGCCCCGAUGGGCACGAGCCGCCUGGCCGCCAUGCUCGACGACCCCCGCGACAUGGUGCGCGCCGAGGCGCUCGCCCUGCUGGCCGACCUGACCCGCGACGCCCCCGAGCUGCAGAAGGUCUUCGUCUUCGAGGACGUCUUCGCCAAGCUCUUCGCCCUGGUGCACGCCGACGGCGGCCUGACGCAGGGCGGCGUCGUCGUGCAGGACUGCCUGUCGCUGCUGGCGAACCUGGUGCGCGUCAACCCGUCUAAUCAGAUGUACUUUAUGAAGAUGGAGUACCCGCGCCAGUUGGUCGCCCUCCUGCCGGGCGGCGCCAAGGCGAACAGGGCGAGCAAGCCGCGCGGUCCGCCCGACGACGACGACGAUGACUGGGUCAGCCCGCAGAGCGACAAGAACGUCUGGGGCCUGCUGAUCAUCAUGCGCAUGUUCCUGGUCAAGGGCAGCGCCGUGACCCCGCAGAACCAGGCCGCCUUUGUGCAGUACGGCCUCGUGCGACAGCUGUUGGGCAUCGCCUUCGACCCGGCCACGGCCAUUGUGAUCCGGGUCGAGGCUCUCAGCACCUGCGCCGACCUCAUCAGGGGCAACCCCCGCAUGCAGGAAGGCUUCGCCCAGGAGCAGGUGCGCCCCUUCGCCCGCCCCGCCACCAACGGCGCACCCACUCCCAACGGCGUCGCAACCGUCUACGUCAUCGAGGCCCUCCUGAACCUCGUCCUGACGCCGGCCACGAGCGACCUCUUCGACAUGCGCAGUGCCGGCGCUGACGUCAUCAAGGCCUACUUCCACAACCACCCCCACAUCCGAGACCACUUCCUCAACCGCGCCAUCGGCGGCCACGAGGAGGGAGACGAUACGCAGAAUGCCCUGACAAUCCUGAUGCAAGGCUCGCAAGCCUCGGCCGGCGACCCCUACCGGAUAUGGUUUGCAGCCAGCUUGAUGUUCGACCUCAUCUUCGACAACCUGCCGGCAAAGCACAAACUGAUGCAGGUCAGCGAGGGCGAUGCAGACAGCGGCGAGGAGGUUGUCACGUGCAUACAGACCCUGACCGCGAACCUGAUUGCAAGUCUGCAGCUCGACGACGAUGAGCGGAUAUCGAUUGGCUACCUGAUGCUGCUGCUUGGCUGGCUCUUCGAAGACGCUGCAGCUGUCGACGACUUCCUCGCCGAGGCCAGCAGCCUGCAGAGCCUCGUGCAAGCUGUCCUGCGGCCUGGGAGCGACCAGACCAUCAACCGCGGCCUCUGCGCUGCCCUGCUGGGCACCAUCUACGAGUUCUCCACCAGAGAUUCGCCUGUGCCACGUCGCCAGCUGCAGGAUACCCUCACCGGCAAACUUGGCCGCGAAAAGUACCUCGCUGCCAUCACCGAGCUGCGCAACCACCCUCUCAUCCGCGACUUCGAGGUCCUGCCUCAGCGCGCGGGCGGCGAGGGAAGCCUGCCGGACGUCUUCUUCGUCGACACAUGCGUGGAUUUCCUCAAGGACAACUUCAGCCGCCUCACCAGAGCCAUCGACCGCAACCCGAACAUUGAGCAACACCAAUCGCACGACGGUGUCGACCGCGACGUAGUCGACGCACUGCGGGGUGAGAUGGACGGGAAGGAGCACAGCAUCCAGGAGCUCAAGGCCCAGCUGAUGGCGCUCGAGCAAAAGCUGGACCAGGAGCACGCAGACCACCGCAAGACACAGCAAGCCGCCGACGAGCAGCGCAACACGCUCAAGCGCAUCAACGACAAGCUGCACAACGACCUCGACACGGAGAUCAACGCCAGGGACCGCGACCACAAGAAGGCCAUGCUGGAGGCGGAGAACAAGUUCAAUCUGCAGAUCGCUGCUCUCAACAACAAGCUGCAGCAGGCAGCGAAAGAGUCGACGCUCGCCGUGUCACGGACGAAGCAGGAGUACGACGAGAAGCUGCACGAAGCCUACAGGUCGUCGACCGACCUGCAGCGCCGCCUCGAGUCGGCAGAGAAGGCCCGCUCGGAUGCGUUUGAGAAGAUCCAGCAGCUCGAGAAGGCGCAUCAGCAGGUUCGCAGCGAGCUCUCCUCCGUCAGCGAAGCGCUCCGCACGGCACAGGCGCAGUCGCAGCAGCACGAUGCCCAGAUCCAGCACCUCACAGAAGAGAACCAAUCAUUGCAGUCCACAAUCGACAAGCUCAAGUCGGAACACCAAGCACACAUCCUCGAACUGGAAGCAGUAAACGAGACCGAACUUGACAACCUCAAAUCCGACCUCAAAGCCGCAGCCGACGCAUCUACCAAGCAGUCGACCUCGCACAAAUCCGCACUCGACAAGCUCACCUCGGAAAUCACCGCGCUCAAAACACAGCUGCAGGACCAGACCUGGAAAGCCACCGAGGCCAGCCAGAAGCUCGCGAAAGCGGAAGCCGCGACAAAAGACGCGCAGGAGAAGCUCAAGAAAGCGGAAGCAGCGGCGAAACAGCCGGCCAGCAAGGCCGACAAGAAGAACGACAAGGCCGCCGAGGUCAGCAAGAAGCUCAUCGCGGAGUUGCAGGAUAAAGUCAAGGCUGCCGAGGAUAAGCUCAAGACGGCUGCGGACGCGGAGCAGGAGAAGCAGACCGAGCUCGACGAUCUCUUCGUGGUGCUGCAGGAGCUCGAGGAGAAGAGGGCGAGGGACAAGAAUCGACUCCGUGAGCUGGGCGAGGAGGUCAGUGAGGCCGAGGAUGACGAUGAUGACGAUGAGGACGAGGACGAGGAUGAGGACGCGUAG